UCGACAGGCCAACAAACACCGGCUAUCUCCCGGAAGUGACGCAUCCCCUGAUUGUCAACAUGCAAGAUGGCGACGCUUCACAGGCAGAACGCUGCUGGACGGAGGAAAGUCCAGGUUUCCUACGUGAUCAGAGAAGAGGUGGAAAAGUACAAUCGUAACGGUGUGAACGCUCUUCAGCUGGAUCCUGCUCUCAACAGACUCUUCACAGCUGGCCGAGAUUCCAUCAUCAGGAUAUGGAGUGUCAAUCAACACAAACAGGAUCCUUACAUUGCUUCAAUGGAGCAUCACACGGACUGGGUGAAUGACAUCAUCCUCUGUUGUAAUGGAAAAACAUUGAUAUCAGCCUCCUCGGACACCACCGUGAAAGUCUGGAAUGCACACAAAGGGUUCUGCAUGUCCACGUUACGGACACAUAAGGACUACGUCAAAGCUUUAGCAUAUGCAAAGGAAAAGGAGCUGGUGGCAUCAGCCGGUCUGGACAGACAGAUCUUCCUGUGGGACGUGAACACACUUACGGCUCUGACUGCCUCUAAUAAUACAGUCACCACUUCGUCACUGAGUGGAAACAAGGACUCCAUCUACAGUCUGGCCAUGAAUCAGACAGGAACUGUGAUCAUCUCAGGAUCUACAGAGAAGGUCUUGAGGGUUUGGGAUCCACGGACAUGUGCUAAGCUAAUGAAGCUGAAAGGCCACGCUGACAACGUCAAAUCAUUAUUGAUAAACAGAGACGGCACUCAGGCUCUCUCUGGUAGCUCGGAUGGUACGGUACGCUUGUGGUCUCUCGGUCAGCAGCGAUGCAUCGCCACAUACCGAGUCCACGAUGAGGGCGUGUGGGCCCUGCAGGUGAACGAGGCCUUCACGCACAUCUACUCGGGCGGACGUGACCGAAAAAUCUACUGUACGGAUCUGCGUAACCCUGACUUGCGUGUGCUCAUAUGUGAAGAGAAAGCUCCCAUCCUGAAGAUGGAAUUGGACAGAUCAGCUGAUCCUCCUCAAGCAAUCUGGGUGUCCACAACUAAAUCAUUUGUAAACAAAUGGUCUCUAAAGAGCAUGCAGAACUUCAGAGCUUCCGGAGACUACGACCACGACUGUAGUGCCCCUUUAACUCCACUGUGUACACAGCCAGAGCAGGUCAUCAAAGGUGGCACCAGCAUCGUUCAGUGUCAUAUUCUCAAUGAUAAGAGGCACAUACUUACCAAAGACUCCAAUAACAGUGUGGCAUUCUGGGAUGUCCUCAAGGCAUGUAUGGGAGAAGACCUGGGUAAAGUGGACUUUGAUGAAGAAAUUAAAAAGAGGUUCAAGAUGGUCUAUGUGCCGAACUGGUUUUCUGUAGAUCUCAAGACUGGGAUGCUGACUAUCACGUUGGAUGAAAGUGAUUGUUUUGCGGCGUGGGUGGCAGCUAAAGAUGCUUGUUUUACAAGCCCAGACGGCUCUGAUCCAAAGGUGAAUCUGGGUGGGCUGCUCCUGCAGGCUUUGUUAGAGUUCUGGCCCAGAACUCAUAUAAAUCCAGUAGAAGAGGAGGAAAUCGAACUCAACCAUGUGAAUGGUCAACAGGAGAGCCAAAGUCAAAAGGGCAACGGUUACUUCCAGGUUCCUCCUCACACUCCUGUCAUCUUUGGUGAAGCAGGAGGAAGAACGCUGUUUAGGUUAUUGUGUCGCGAUUCUGGAGGAGAGACAGAGUCCAUGUUAUUGAAUGAAACUGUUCCUCAAUGGGUUAUUGAUAUCACUGUAGAUAAAAUCAUGCCAAAAUUCAACAAGAUCCCAUUCUACCUCCAACCUCAUUCAUCAUCUGGGGCCAAAACACUCAAAAAGGACCGAUUGUCCGCUAGUGACAUGCUGCAGGUGCGGAAAGUGAUGGAACACGUCUACGAAAAGAUCAUCAACCUUGACACAGAGUCACAGACCACCAGCUCCUCAGCCAAUGACAAACCAGGAGAGCAGGAGAAAGAGGAAGACGUGGCAGUGAUGGUCGAAGAGAAGAUUGAGCUCAUGUGUUUAGAUCAGCUUUUGGAUCCAAACAUGGACCUCAGGACUGUAAAGCAUUUCAUCUGGAAGAGCGGUGGAGACUUGACCCUUCAUUACAGACAGAAAGCCACGUGAGGAAUCCCCCUGACCUCUGCAUAGACCCUUAUCUCCUUCAACCCGCGUCACUUUAACUUCCAGAAGCAUCCCAGAAUGCCCUGCUGUUCUCAUGUUGAUGGUCACCCAGGAGGAAUGUUUUUUCUCUUUGCAGUGGCUUAAAGAAGAGCCAGCAGAAAGAUCUGAGCGGCAGUUGAAGAAAAAAAGACUAAAGACUGACUGCUAAUUGAUGCAGAUGUUGAGACGUUCUGUGAACUACAACUUCAGUUAUUGUCUGCCUUUAUUUCAUUGAUUUAGUUUUUUCUGUAUGUAUAUAGCUGUUGUGUUUAGCGACGUGUCUUGUCCAGCUUAACACGAGUCAUGAUGAUGAUGAUGAUGAUGAUGCACACACGAGUACUUCCGUUCUCAGACAUCCCAGAGAUGUUUUAACUAGACCUGAUCCAGAUUCAAAAUCAGUUGCUCUUUAGAGCGCUCCGUUUUGCUUUCUUCCAAGUAAACAAUGUAUCUUUAUUUUCUAGAUUUAAUUUUAUUAUAAUUUAUUUGUUGCCAAAUUUGUAUCAGAUAUCAAAAUCGUCUAAUGCGGAACAAGAAGUGCUGUUUCAGCCUGGCUCAUUUUAUUGCAUACGUGUGUGAGAUACUUUCCAAAUGUAUGUUUCUCAUCAGUUUUGUUAGUUCAUUUCUGUGGAUCAGUGCACAUGACCGUGUUACAAUCAUCAAAAAAAUGGCCCUGCCCUUGUCAACUAACUGACAUUUUUGUGAAUAAACGUUGAAACUGUGCAACUGAAAAA